UUGGCAUGCAUGUUUCUUUCUUUAUUUUUUUGCAAUAGGCUUUGCAACGGAAACGAUUAGCAACAGGAAUCCAUUGAUACUGAUUGCAUGUCAGUUUACUGGCGAUCGCGUAAACAGCUCAAGUUUCGGUUUUAAAGUCACGUUUGAAUGCAACUUUUCUGUUAACCAGGUGAAAUUGUACCGAUUCAUGCCGUCAGUUAUCAAGUUCAACUUUUCUUCCCUUUCCCCUGUCCUGUUUUCUCUUUAGCAGUCACUUUGAUGAAAGCGAGGACCGCUUAUCUGGUCGAUGGUUUGGGGCGUAUUUUUGACAACUUUGUGAACUUCGGGAAACUGCAUUUGACUGAGCUGGAGCGGCUGUGUCAAGAAGAUCACUUUGGAUUGUGAAAUCUGGAAUUUAUUGAAUUUUCUUUUUAGGCUAUGGCACUGAAAGAAACUUUAACUUUAUGUUGUCGAGAAGAUUGUUAAUAAGCAGCCAGUACUAAAACGGAAUACUUUGACACGUAUCACGAUUCAUAAUGGAUAACCAAGCGCAGGGUGCUGGUGGGGAAGACCCCAGCAAAAACUACAGAAGGAAGGCAAACGAAGAUGAGAUCAAAAAUAAACCUAAACUGAAUAUACAAAUAAAAACAUUGGCUGAUGAUAUGCGAGACAGAAUUACCAGUUUCAGAAAAUCAGGUGCUAAACGGGAGAAGCCUGUAAUUCAGCAUCCAAUAGAUUCACAACCCACAGGGAGUGAGCUGCCCUUGGUACAACCAUUUUUUGAUGAGCGGUCCAUGAAUUUGUCUGAGAAAGAGAUUGUUGAUCUCUUUGAGAAGAUGAUGGAAGAUAUGAAUCUAAAUGAAGAACGUAAAGCUCCACUGCGUGAAAAGGAGCUAAGCACCAAACAUGAGAUGGUUGUCCAGUAUAUUUCUGCAACUGCCAAAUCUGGAGGUUUAAGAAACACCAAGCAUGAAUGUACUCUAUCAUCCCAAGAGUAUGUGCAUGAGUUACGUUCUGGAAUCACUGAUGAAAAGCUCCUUAACUGCCUUGAAUCUCUGAGAGUCUCUUUAACCAGUAACCCCGUAAGUUGGGUAAAUAACUUUGGACAUGAAGGCCUGGGACUUUUGCUGGACAUCUUGGAGAGGCUACUGGACAAAAAGCAACAAGAACCAAUUGACAAAAGAAAUCAGCAUAAACUUAUUCAGUGUCUCAAGGCCUUCAUGAAUAACAAGUAUGGCUUACAAAGGAUUCUGGGAGACGAGAGAAGCCUUCAGCUCCUGGCCCGAGCAAUUGAUCCAAAACAAACAAAUAUGAUGACAGAAAUAGUUAAAAUUCUUUCUGCCAUUUGCAUUGUGGGCGAGGAAAAUAUACUUGAAAAGAUAUUAGCAGCCAUGACUAUAGCUGCUGAACAUAAUAAUAAAGAAAGGUUCUCUCCUAUUGUGGAAGGACUAGAAAACCAUGAAGCUCCUCAAUUACAAGGAGCUUGCAUGCAGUUGAUCAAUGCCUUGGUCACAUCUCCUGAUGAUCUUGAUUUCCGGAUACAUCUCCGUAAUGAAUUUUUGCGCUGUGGUCUGAAGAAAAUCCUACCUGAGCUCCAAGAGACUGAAGAACUUGAUAUCCAGUUGAAGGUGUUCAAUGAACAUAAAGACGAUGACUUAAUUGAAUUAUCUCAUCGUCUAGAUGACAUACGAACAGAGAUGGAUGACAUGAAUGAGGUGUACCAUUUGCUGUCGAACAUGGUGAAAGAUACUACAGCCGAGAAUUACCUCCUUUCAGUUCUCCAACACCUGCUGCUGAUAAGGAAUGAUUAUUAUAUCAGGCCUCAAUACUAUAAGGUGAUAGAAGAAUGUAUUUCACAAAUUGUGUUGAAUCGCAGUGGAAUGGACCCUGACUUUGGCUACAGGCACAGACUAGAUGUUGAUUUUAUGCAUCUUGUUGAUCAAUUGGUGGACAAAGCCAAAGUAGAGGAAAGUGAACAGAGGGCAGAGGAGUUUUCCAAAAAGUUUGAUGAAGAGUUCACAGCUCGACAGGAGGCGCAGGCAGAGCUGCAGAAACAAGCGGAGAAAAUCAAAGACCUUGAAAAACAGAUUCAGACACUGCAGGAACAGGGUCCUAAGGCAUCAGUUGCUGGUGCUGUUCCACCCCCUCCGCCUCCUCCAGGAGGAGCACCACCUCCACCCCCACCUCCACCUCCACCUCCUCCUGGGGGUUGCCCACCUCCUCCACCCCCUUUAUCAUGUGGUAUACCACCUCCACCGCCUCCACCCCCUGGUAUGGGGCCUCCACCACCUCCUGGUCUCCCUGGUAUGCCUCCGCCACCACCACUUUUUGGGGGACCCCCACCACCUCCUGUACAAGAAAAGCUACCUUAUGGCCUCAAACCUAAGAAGCUUUAUAAGCCUGAAAUCACAAUGAAGAGGAUUAAUUGGUCCAAGAUUGUGCCUCAGGAAAUGACAGAGAACUGCUUUUGGGUAAAAGUCAGCGAAGACAAGUUUGAAAAUCCUGAUCUCUUUGCAAAACUGUCCCUCAAUUUUGCAACUCAGACAAAAGUGAGGAAGGUUUUGGAUGAGACUGAUGAUAACAGAGUAAAGAAAAAGGUGAAGGAGCUACGAAUACUGGAUGCCAAAACAGCUCAAAACCUUUCCAUUUUUCUGGGUUCUUUCCGGAUGCCUUAUGAAGAGAUCAGAAAUAUCAUUCUGGAGGUUGAUGAGGAGAGGCUCAGUGAAUCACUAAUCCAGAAUCUGAUAAAGAAUCUACCAGAGCAAAAGGAGCUGAAUGCUCUCGCAGAGCUGAAAAGUGAAUAUGAUGAUCUCUGUGAGUCCGAGCAGUUUGGUAUUGUGAUGAGUACAGUAAAGCUGCUGAGGCCUCGACUUAAUGGCAUCCAGUUUAAAAUGACCUUCGAAGAGCAGGUUAACAACAUCUGGCCAAACAUAAUGAGUGUGACAUAUGCCUGUGAUGAAGUUAUGAAAAGUGAAAACUUCAGCAAGUUCCUUGAGCUGGUGCUGCUAGUUGGAAAUUACAUGAACACAGGCUCCCGUAAUGCUCAGACCUUUGGGUUCAACAUUAACUUCUUAACUAAGCUUAGAGAUACCAAGUCCGCUGAUCAGAAAAUGACAUUGCUGCACUUUCUUUCUGAAAUAUGUGAAGAGAAAUAUCCAGAAAUCUUGAAGUUUCCAGAUGAGUUGACCCAUGUGGACAGUGCCAGCAAAGUUUCUGCCCAGAUAAUGAAGGCAAGUCUGGACUCAAUGGAACGCCAGAUCCAGCGCCUAGAGAAUGACAUCAAGAACUUUCCCAAAGUGACUGAUGAAAAUGAUAAGUUUGUUGAGAAGAUGUCUAGUUUUGCCACCCAUGCUAGAGAGCAGUACGAGAAGCUCGCCACGAGGCACAAGAACAUGCUGAAGAUGUACGAGACCCUGGGCAGCUACUUCCUUUUUGAUGCUCAGACUGUAAAUGUAGAAGAUUUCUUUGGAGACCUCAAUGCAUUCCGUGUCCUGUUUUUGGAGGCACUGAAGGAGAAUCAUAAGAAGAGAGAAAUGGAGGAGAAGGUCAAAAGAGCCAAACUGGCCAAAGAAAAAGCAGAGAGAGAGAAGCUGGAAAGACAGCAGAAGAAGAAGCAGCUGAUUGACAUGAACAAAGAAGGAGAUGAGACUGGGGUCAUGGACAGCCUGAUGGAAGCUCUACAAUCUGGGGCAGCCUUCCGUGACAGGAGAAAACGAGCACCUCGCACUGGAGAGCCAAGCCCACCAAGUCCAACUUCAAGGUGGCCUGCUGGGUCUAAGGAUAACCGUCGUGUCGGCUUGGAAAGGUCUCGAUCACGGCACAACGGGCAUUCAUUGGGCUUGUGAUACAACCCUUCAUGCCCAAGAGCCAAAGACACAGAGACGGAGUAGAAGAGCAUUUGGAAUGAAUAACCUACAAAAAUAUUUUUGCUUUGUUUUUACUUUUUUAUUGAUUACAAAAAUAAAAAAUGGAUUGAAGAUACAGUAUAAAUUAGACUUAUUGGAGAAACAAUUAAACAGACUUUUCAACAGGUGCUCUAUUCGAGCCUGCCUUACCAAGUGCAUUUUUAUUUUUUCAAAACUUGCAUGAGUGCUUCAAAGACAUAUGCAUAUUUUAUAGUUUCUGUACUGUAACUUGGGGUAAUAGUCAAAAUAUUUCAUAUUAAACUCCUUGAUGCUGUACAAAUGCAAAGAUGUUUCCAAUUUAAAAUGACUGCUGUCAGCUUAUUCUGCUGUGGUUGAUCUGAAUGUGGAAGAGCUGUACUUUUCAGCUGCUUUCUACUCUUAGUCUAAGGGGCUAAUUCAAAAUGCAUAAAAUACCACAGGAUAACACAGUACAGUAUUCACAUCAUAUUGAUCUUUGUGACCAUUUGUUACAGGAAACAUUACAGGCCUUGCCACAUUUCUGUACAAAUCAUUUAGGAUGCUGUAAUCUUAUCAGGGAAAUGUAUAGUUCAUAUAAGCUUUUAUGUGAAGAUGUACUUUAAAUAUUUCAGCUUCAUUAACAUCUUUGGACUUGGUCGACAACUUAGUAUGAAAGUAAGGAUGUUGCAUUAGUCAUUUAUAAUUAUCAUAAAACAAGGGCAACUGUCUAGUAGUUUUUAAAAUCAUAUAAUCAAAGGUAAAUCCUGUCAGAGAUGAUUUGUUCCUUUCUGUCGUCAUUUUGUUGUUUCUUUUUUUAGUUGAGAAACUAGACAGUCUUAAAUGUUUAAACAUAUAGAUGACAUCUGAAAGAGUCCCAUGAAUUGUCAUUUCCCACAUUAAUUAAUGAUCAGUACACAUAGAUAUACUCACAUCAGCCCAUGAGAGAGGUUUCAUUUGCAGGAUAGGUUCAUUAUGUGGUGAGUCAUUUGCGACUUAAAGUAUCCUCAAAGCAUUAAAACGGCUUAGUAAAUGCUUAUGAACAUGCAGGCUUUACAGCUUGCGUAUGAGAUCUGUCAUCUUGUAAAUUACCGUGCACCCAAACUGACAAUAUUCUCUGACUCCUUUAAUAGGCUUUAUUUUCACACUUAAUUUUCUUGUUACUUCUUCCUAGAUUAAAUUAAAAAAAAAAAACAAGCCACACUUUUUUGUGUACAGUAGAAAAUCAGGAAUCUUGUUUUCCUGGAAUUAUUAUACACACAGAAGAUUGCCUGUUAUUUGCAAGGUGUUUUAGGUUACACAACAAUUUAGAGCUGCACGUAUUGUGAAAGAUGGCUGAGUUCUUGCAAAGCCUUAAUCAAUUUGGCACAUGUUUAAUAUUAGUGCACACAAACUUAACACUUUUUAAAUGGCUAAAUAUCUUCUCUUUGUCAUUCCUAAAUUGUCUUACUCUCUGAAACUGAUUGUUGGUUCAACGUUAUUACUACAGACGUUCGAUACCUGACUACAAGUCAAGAAAUGUUCAAAGAUUUUAGAGUGGCAGGCAACACUAACUUUGGAUGUGUUCACUGUUAAAAAAAAUCUCCAUUUAAUUACAUGUAGCUUAGAAAGAUAAAGGAAGAGAUUAUUCAUGGAUUGUGAUGAACAAAACAGGGAGGUUUCGAUUCAACAUAAAAUUUCAUUUGGCUGGUGAUUCCUCAAAAAGUAAAACUCACCAAAGAGAUUUUUUGAGGUUUCUGCAGAGAAGUGAAGAGUGUAUUUUAAAAGUGUGACAGGCUGUCACUUUGUGUAGAAAUGAACAUCCUUUUUUUUUUCUACUGAAUUUGAAAAGCAUACGACACUUACACAAUGAGACAACUUUGUCAACUAUAUUGAUCGUUAACUAGGAAAAACGUGGACCGCUGGUCGUUAAAGAAAGUUGGUUCAGACUCUUAUGAAACACAGUACCCCAGAUCACUCUGGUGAGAGUGCUGCCCUAAUGGUAUCUAUGAUGCAUUUACGAUGAAAACAAUCAAUCAUUCGGCCUGUGCAAUGUGCUUCACUGUCAGCAGAUUUUUCCACUUUUCUUUUCCUGUCUUGCGUGGCCACACCACCUGAAGCCUAAAUAUGUGGCAUGGGUAGCCCACACCUCCAAUUCAAGCGUCAAGUAAGGCGUAUUCUUCAUAAGCGCUCAGUUAAGACCAAGAUCAAGUUUCAAGGUGCAGUGCUUUGUGAGUUUUCAUGUGACACAUGGACAACCCUUAGCAUAUACAUUCUUCAUAAUAAGUUCCUUAAAUUGUGUCAGCACACAGACAGAUCUACUUGUAUUUUUCACUGUUUCAGGUACAUAUUCUGUUUUAUUUUUUUUUAAUAGUGCUAUUUAGUAUGGUAUUGCUAGUAGAAAACCUAAAAUAUUAAUAAUUUUCUUAAAAUGUUUUCCAUUUCCACCACUCAAAGGAGAAUCUCCAUAGGAUGAUAGAAUUUUUAAAAUGUUACCUGCCAUGUUCAUUUUAUUUCUUUCAAAAUUUUGGUUGAUAUUAUUGUGAUCAUACCAAUUAUUAUUCAUACCACAAUUACUGGUUUAUAAGAUGGCGUCACUUGUAAUGAAAUUUUGCAAUAAAAGGAAAGCAAAUAUACCUCAAAACGGAUUUUUUUCGAGGAAUUCUGUUACAACUGCAGUCUGAGCUCGUUUGAUUCACCACACGACAUGAACGUACAAUGUUAUUCUAAAUCCCCAGUGAAAGUGCUUAUGAUAAGUGAAAUAUUUUUUGAUAAAUGAAAAGUUUUGCUUUGUUUUCAAAAACAAGAAAAACAUACUUGUUAUCUCUUACACAGUUUACAUUGAUCUGCUGUGACUAAUAAGGGAAAUGAUUGCUGUCAUCUUUAAAGAGAUGUGUAUGGCUUGUAGAGCACCUAGCUGAACAUGUUAUCGAGCCCAGGAACUUCACCUUUGAUUUUCUGAUUCCUCCUCCUGAGUAGUCACACAGAUAGAAGUCCACACAUAUGUUUUCUUUUCUCUUUUUUUUCCUUCAGAAUCAAGUUAUAACAGAACGUGUUAAUGCAAAAUCAAGUCAGCAGCACAUUAAACAUAGAAGGACAGGCACACUUACUAAGUGAAUGUGGGGAAAAAAAUUACUACUAGUGUGUUAACAGAUAAAUAAAUAUUUGUGAAGGAUGUCACAAAUUGCACCGCUUUUCUGAAGAUGUCCAAAGGCCUGUCAGCUAUUUCUUUUUUUUAUUAUUAUUAUUAUUGUUGACAGGGGUCUUAAAAACACUUUAUAUUUGUAACAUCGAUUUUAUUUUGUAUUUGAAACACUUUGAGAAAAUGUUUGUGCACUGUACUGAGUAGAGUAUUAAAUUAUACAACUAAAUAACCACUUUGGUUUUAUAAUUUUAAUUAAACAUGAAAGGUAUGUCAUUUGUUGUGAGGAUAUUUAAUUUCUGUUAUGUUAAAGACUGUGAUGUCACACAGAACCUUGAAGAACAGAGAACUUUAAACAUUCUAUUUUAAUGAAUCCAAUGUUUUCCUCCAUAUGCAGUGACUUUGCAUUUCUUCUGUUAUGUUACUUUGAAAUAUACCUUUUAAAUGAA